AUGGAAGUCCUUCAGCGCUCACCGAGCCCAUUUUGGAGGCCGAGGCACUUUCCUGCUGGAGGGCGCUCUGCAGGUGACUGCCAAGGAGGCAGUGCUGCGGGCCCUCAUUCACUGACAGCCAAAGUAGCUCGGACUGCUCGGUGUGGUGUCAUCCUGGCAGCGCUGAGAAGAAGCAGAUCGAGACGUGCAGCAAGCUUCAGGGCCAGCUCUUUUCAAGAUGUGCUCUCUCCGCUACUUCCUGAAAGAAUUGGAGUCUUCAACAAGGAGGUUCCAGUGCUCUCAAAGAAGAACUUGAAGAAGCAUGUGCACGAUCUGCGAAAUCAACUUGAACCACUACACGGUGGGACAUGUUGCAAGUCCGUCUCUGGAGUGUGCGACCUCCUGCGUGAGGCAGCCGUGAAGGGUCUUCCUUGGCAGCAGCUGGAGCCGUGGUUGCAGAUACUGCUUUACCGUAUCACCACCAAAGACUCAACAGAGUUUCGGACAAUUCUGCUUCUUUGUCGUGAUUUGCUGGACAUUGCCGGUGAAACAUAUCCGGGUGAGGCUUUGUCUUCCAUUCUGAUUGCAGCACUAGUGCAGCGUGGAAAGCUCGAAGUCGCAGAGCAGAUGCUUAACAACGCUGUUGCACAUGACCGUGUCAAGAUGCGAAGCUUCCAGCCAAUACUGGAAGCUUUCACAGACAUUGGUGACACUACCAGGCUGCGGGCACUCUUCAACCGUGUCUUACAUCCCUUAGUCCUGCAAGAUGCAGUGCGGUUGAACGGCAGUGCUAUAAAGACUCUUCUCCUUGGCUUCUGUGGGAGGCCAGACUGGCAAGAAGAAGUCUUGGUGCUUCUCUCCAAAGCUGAACUUGAGCUACCCUAUGAGUGGCUCCAAAGGAUUCAGGAAAGCAUCGAGGACUCGCCAGAAGACUAUGGCCUCCGCGCCGACUUCACACUUGCACCAGAGCUUUCAAUCGAAGGCUGGCAUUGCAGGCCUACUUUGCGACAUUUGAUCGCUGCCCGCCAAAGGGCGGGUCAGCUGCUGUCAAAGCGCACGCUAGAACGACUCGAUGAGGCUAUGCAUGGAGAUUUGUUCCCAUCGGUGCUGGAGAAUUGUGGAAUCUUUGACGGGGUGCUGUCUACUCAGAUUGAUGGGCCCAACAUUGGAUACCGUGGCGCAGUGCAACGACGCAGCGUGUUUGAGGGGCCUCGCAACGGUUGGUUUCCAGAGAUGGAGAAAGCAAGCAUGAUGCUAAGACUGCUAAGACCUGCGGCCCAAGGCUACCUCUGGUUCACGCAUAGCAUUCCCUGCAACUGGCAAGAGGGCGAGGAUGGCAACACUCGAGCAGUAGCUUUAGGAAGUCUUGAUUGGAAUGCCGUAUCCCUUGGAGAGAAGACGAUUGACCUUGAGGUGUAUGUCUUGUUGAAGUCAGAGGAUGGCUCAGAGGCACCUACAAUACACUACCUGAAGCAAAAGGGAAGUGGUCGAAGCUUUGCUGGGCGCUUCGUGCCUCAAGAGGAUGCCCGCUUCUUGACGGAAGGUGGCAAUGUCGUGGAGCUUGAUUCAGUCAUCUUUGAAUUUGACAACAGCUACAGCUGGUGGACUGAGAAGGAGGUUGAGCUCAUCACCAUCCGCACCGCCUGCUCGGCCAAUCUCCCACCGCCCCUCCCGGAGAAGGCUCCGCACAGCCUUCCGCCUCGAGCCACCACACCCCAUGGGGCAGCGACACAGAAAGCGCAGGAAAUCCCAGAUCUUCGAAAAGCUAUGGAUGCCGGAAAUGACGAAAAACGAUGCGCUUUCAGGUUCAUCCAGCAUCUGGAAGGGCUGCUGGAAGCUGCAGAAGCAAAGUGCCCAAAGGAGGGGCUGCAGCUGGCUGGAGCAGAAGCCUUGUGGUCGGAGCUCCUGCAACUAUGUCAGAGUUGCCAGGAAGCUUUGAAGUUGCAGAAGGGCAAGGAGCAGGAUAUCUCCCGAAAGACAGUACAGAUUCCAGCUGCAGAAGCUGAGGCCACGCGAACCAGCGAAGAGAAGGUGGUGGAGGCCGAAGCUUAG